AUGGCAGGAAACGAUGUCUCUGCCGUCCAUCGGGCAUUUAACAAACUCUUUACAACCUUGACCCCUGAUCAAGUCCAAAACUUCCAACAUUUCUUACAUGAGGCUACUGCUUCCACCACAAAUCCUACCGGCAAUGCCGCUGGAAUCCCUUCAAUGGGCCAUGGCCCUACGAACAUUCAAAAAACGAACUCUCUUACCGACAUGGCAACUCCAAUUCUUGCACCAGCAGCAUCCAAUGCAGUUUCUCGAAUCCCUCCUUCCAGGCAAAGCGUGCUUCUACUCUACGGCAUUCCCUGA